AUGUUGGCAACUGAGACCCCAUCAAUAGGAACAUCUCCAAUAAAAGCAUCAUCGAAAAUGCCGACUAGUACCGUAUACACGAUUGGAGCUCGAGGAUUGAAGCUGAAUACAGCAGAGGAUGCACAGGAACUGAUUGCAGAAAUGAACCAAAUCCAGAAUUUGAGCGAAGUAGUCUUUAGUGGGAAUACCGUAGGAGUCGAGGCUGGAAGAGCAUUUGCUGCUGCUCUGAAAGAUAAGAUAUUAAUCCAGAAAGUAAAUCUAUCCGACAUGUUUACUGGCCGAUUACGUGAAGAGAUCCCAUUGGUAUUGGAUGCUUUUGCCGAAGCACUGGAAGAUAAAGAGCACCUUGUUGAAGUCGACAUGUCUGACAAUGCUUUUGGUCCUGCUGGUGCCAAACCUUUGAUGAGACUCUUAUCCAAUAAUCGACAUAUACAAGUAUUACGCUUCAACAAUAAUGGAUUGGGUAUUGAAGGAGGACGAUUGAUCGCAUCAGCUCUGCUAGAAGCCCAAGAAACGAAUGUCAAGGAAGGCAAAACAUCAUCUCUUCGAGUCUUUAUCGCAGGUCGCAAUCGUCUCGAAUCAAAGGGCGCAGAACACCUCUCAAAAGUAUUUGCUGCUCAUGCCAGCUUGACAGAAAUACGUAUGCCACAAAACUCGAUACGUCCCGAAGGAAUUGAAAUACUCGCAUCAGCACUCGCACAUUGCACCCAACUCGAAACCUUGGAUUUACAAGAUAAUACAUUUACAGAUACAGGAUCAAUGGCUCUCGCAAAAGCGCUACCCGUAUUCACCAAUAACUUACGACAUUUGAACAUCGGUGACUGUCUACUUGGUAUAAAAGGAUCAGCUGCUAUUAUAAAAGCAUUGACACCAGGCCACGAAUUACUCGAACGUGUGAAUCUCGCAUUUGGGGAAAUUGAUACAGCUGGUGCUGCACUUAUACCCGAUAUGAUUACCAAUAAAAAGAGUCUUGCCAUGCUGGAACUGAAUGGAAACGCAUUUGAUGCUGAAUCAAGUGUCGUUCAACAUAUAAAGGAUAUAUUGAGGUCUCAUGAUCAUCCUGAUGCUCUUGACGAGCUGGAUGAUAUGGAUUAUGAAGAGGACGAGGAAGAAGAUAAGGAGGAGGAGGAAGAAGAAAAGGAACCUGAAGCUGAUCAGGAUGAUGAGGUGGAUGCAUUAGCUAACAAGUUGUCUGGCAAACUUGAAAUUGAAUAA